CCGCCCCACCGAUUGUUCUUACCCCUAUUGACAACGCUUGUUAAUUAAGGUGCAUAAGUAACAUGACAAAUGUCCGAUCAGUUGCUUUAAUUAGAUUUGUCAUCUGUGUUUCGAUAAUUUUAGCUCUAAUAUUUCUAGUAAUAUCGACGUCUACAAAUCAUUGGUAUUUUCAACCAAUUAUUGCUACCAAAAACCAGUCAGUUGAGGUUAAUAGUGGCAUUUUUCAAAAAUGCUAUCAUGUUAAAGAGGUUAAGUCAUAUAACUGUCUUAGCACAAAAUUUAAUGGGUUUAUGAUUGCAUUCCGGCUAUUUUUAUUUACUGGUAUAGUUGGAUAUAGUGUCUUAUUGAUAUACGUGUUGUUUUCUAGCUUCUUCCAGGAAGUCAAUUUUAAAGUUCUUUCAGUUAUGUUAAUUUUAACAGGUAUGAUGCCAUAUAAUUUCUACACACAUCUAAGGAUUGUCGGUUAUGAUUGCCCUUUUGAUUUUCACUGGUGUGCAAAGCAGGCAUGGCGAGAAUAUAAAAUUUCAAUGGUCGUUCUAUUUAGGAUGGUUAUCGUUCAUUUUUACAGUAAAAGCAGGUGCUUUGUGUUGCUUUGGAACUAUUUCUUAUCAAAAAAUAUGACGAACCUAAAAUUUGCAGUUGAAGAAUAUGUUAAUUUGUAUUUUAAAUUGUAUAUAAACAUAUUUGUUAUUUAAAGGUUUAAAAGUUAUCAAGUAA